AGGCGUCUAUCAUCCAGCCAAUCCUAGGCUAGCUAGGCUCUCUCUCUCUCUCUCUCGCUCUAUUUGUUUCUUGUUUUCAAGUGUGUCCUGUUAAAUAAGAAACUAAUUGAAAAGCAAAUCCUCGAAUCGUGGUCUUCGUAGAAGCCAGUGCAGGAGUGACCUUCACGAUCUCGCCACCUCUCUCCUUUAUUUGAUACAUAACUUCGGAUCACCACAUGACCCUUUCCUCGAGUGUUUGAACUUUCCUAAGCAACCCAUCUCUCUUUCUUGCUAUCCAUUCCUCUCUUUCUUUUUCUUGGUCUCUUUUCUUGUUUGAAGGGUUAUCCUAUUCCUUUGGUGGGUUUUCUUGAUAUUUGGUUUCUGUUUACCUUUCUGGGAUUCUUUGACCCAAAAUAACAUCUUUUAAUACUACUUUUUUUUUUUUUUAAUUGGGGUUCCCUCAUCUUUGUUGUUUUCUUCCAAGAUUCUUCCUAGUGGGGUUUUUUUUUAGCUUCUCUUUUCUGUUCUUGUUGCGUUUUUGCGCUACUCUGUUAGUUACUAUUAUAUUUUGGUGAGUGAGUUCAGCCUCUUUCUCUUGCAUUAGCUCUUUUUUUUUUUUUUCUGUUGUACUGUUGAAGGGUGUUGAUGUCUUUGGCGGUUGGUGAGGAUUCAAGUUCCAAAAACAUGGGGUUUGACAAGGAUGGGAGAGAUGAUAGUGAAGCUUCUGAGACGAAAACAGCAUCAAAGAUGCCUCCUAACGAAGAAAACGUUGAAGAAAAUCACGCUGAAAUUAAUAGAAAAGCAAGCGAGAGUUCUCUUUGUCCUACUGAAGAUGAAUAUGAUGACGAAGAGAGGAAGAUUGAGUUGGGCCCUCAGUGCACCCUUAAAGAACAAUUCGAAAAGGAUAAGGAUGACGAGAGCUUGAGGAGGUGGAAGGAACAACUUCUUGGAACUUUGGAUUUCGAGUCCGUUGGAGAAAAUCUCGAACCAGAGGUUAAGAUCCUGAGCCUUGCAAUCAAAUCACCUGGUAGACCUGAUAUGGUACUUCCAAUUCCGGAGGACGGAAAGCCCAAAGGUUUGUGGUUUACCUUAAAAGAAGGUAGCAAAUACAGCCUGCAAUUCACAUUCCAAGUGAGCAAUAACAUUGUAUCCGGCCUCAAGUACACUAAUACGGUUUGGAAAACUGGUGUCAAGGUGGAUAGCACCAAAGAGAUGAUUGGAACCUUCAGUCCCCAGGCAGAGCCAUUUACGCAUGAAAUAUGUGAAGAAACAACUCCAUCUGGAAUGUUUGCUCGAGGAAAUUAUUCAGCUAAAAGUAAGUUUGCUGACGACGACAACAAAUGCUACUUGGAGAUUAACUACACUUUUGACAUCCGUAAAGAAUGGCUAUCAUAAACCACACACGAAUUUCCAGUGUCAUUGCUUUGCGUCGAGCCCAUUGUUUGCCAAGUCUCCUUUAGAUGAGCCAUAGUUUCAUUUUCUUUUUUCUUAUUUGCCAUCCAUAUCCUGUGUGAGACUGAUCAUCUACACUAUGAAGAGAGAUUUAAUCAAAAUUUUCUGUUUUCCCUGAGCCCGGGUUGCAGCAGUAGGAAUCGAUUAAUAAAAAGUUAAGCUGUUGACCUUCCUUCCAGGUUGAUCACUUGGGAACCGCCGUGCUAAUCUUGCAUUGUGUUAAACUUUAUAUCUGCCAUUGGAGCAACCAGCUUUGUAAUGGACAAUGAAAAGUUGAAACUUUAAAGGGUUCGUUCCAUAAUUACAUAUUUGUUUUUUCUCUCACUGUGAAAGUUAAAAGUUACAGAAACCAUGUCCCUUUUAACUUUAUUAUGUUCCAUAUUUUGUUCCCGACCAAGGAGUACUAAUAUUUUUCUUUCUUUUCUUUUCCAAUGGUUUCAUUUGGCAUCCCCAAAAUCAGGGGCCUGUUAUUUGGGUGUGUUUGUGUGG